AUGGAGAAUAACUUGUAUUUUAUUGAAUUUUCCAAUGUUGAUGGAAUGUGGUUUUGUGAGGUAUUUUUUCAUGUUUAUCAACUGAUAAUAUUUUUCUCAUCUCCUUUUUGGCUUCUGACUCUCUCUUUAUUCACCCCUUCUCUCUUUAUUCACCUCUCCUCUCUUUAUUCACCUCUCCUCUCUUUAUUCACCUCUCCUCUCUUUAUUCACCUCUCCUCUCUUUCUCUCUCCCUCCUCUCUUUCUCUCUCCCUCCUCUCUUUCUCUCUCCCUCCUCUCUUUCUCUCUCCCUCCUCUCUUUCUCUCUCCCUCCUUCUCUUUCUCUCUCCCUCUCCUCUUCUCUUUCUCUUUCUCUCCUCUUCUCUUUCUCUCCUCUUCUCUUUCUCUUUCUCUCCUCUUCUCUUUCUCUCUCUUUCUCUCCUCUUCUCUUUCUCUCUCUUUCUCUCCUCUUCUCUUUCUCUCCUCUUCUCUUUCUCUCUCUUUCUCUCCUCUUCUCUUUCUCUCUCUUUCUCUCCUCUUCUCUUUCUCUCUCUUUCUCUCUCUUUCUCUCCUCUUCUCUUUCUCUCUCUUUCUCUCUCUUUCUCUCUCUUUCUCUCCUCUUCUCUUUCUCUCUCUUUCUCUCUCUUUCUCUCUUUUUUAGACUCCUCUAA